CCUUCCGGCGGGGAGAGGUGUCGUUGCGCGUGCGGGCCGGUCCAGUCCGGAGAGAGCGGCGGGAUGGCGCUGCCGGGUGGAAAUAAGGAUAAUAUCAGAGCUGGAUGCAAGAAGUGUGGCUACCCUGGUCAUCUGACAUUUGAAUGUCGAAACUUUCUCCGAGUAGAUCCUCAAAGAGACAUUGUUUUAGACGUCAGCAGCACUAGCAGUGAAGACAGCGAGGAAGAGGAACUACAGAGAUUACAAGCCAUGCGUGAAAAAAAGAAUUUAAAUGAAGAGGAAGAAAAAAAGAAACAAAAAAGAAAAAGCAAAGAGAAAACAAAAUUAAAAAGACCAAGGAAAAGAUCUUCCUCAUCAAGUUCAGCAGAAGAGGAUGAACCAAAGUCAAAAAAACAAAAAUCACACAAAAAAGAAAAGGAAAAGGGGAAAAAGCAUAAAUCUAAGAAAGGAAAGCAUCAUAAAAAGGAGAAAAAGAAGAGACGAAAGGAAAAAAGUUCAUCUUCUAACAGUUCAGACAGUUCGAGUAUUGACUGACAUGGUGGUCUGCUUUUGCUUUUGCUUCUGCAGAGAAGAUGAUUUUCCUUUCAUAGUGAGUUUAUUUAUGCUUUGCAAUUCUGUUUUAAAACGGGAUAUGUUUUUUUUUUUUGAGAAAUCUAUUAGCAUACAUCAGUGCAUCAGAUUAUUAGAUGGACCAUUUUAUGAACAAAAUCUGCUUUUCUAUUUCAGGUUUACUAAAACUAAACCAUGCAACUACUUCACUCUUAAUUCAGUUGUGAUUGUGUUUGAAAUCCUUUACAGUAGGAUGUGGUAAAUUUCAGUUCACAAGCCUUUGUGUAGAAAGAUAUGGACUUAAAUAUGCUUAAUGUCAGAAUGGUUACAUCAGAUUUGGAAAUUCAAGUGAGAUUUUCUAUUAUCCUUUAAAUAAAUGUAUGUUUCACACAACAC